AAAAAUUGUGAAUUGCGAUGAAUCUGGAACUUGUUUACAAGUGUCAGAUUUGCUCUUCGCAAACAUUGUCGAGUGGGGCAACGUGCCGUUUGUUAUUCAGUGCAGCUGAUGAGAUGAUGGUGACAGUUUUUGGAACAAGUUGGAUGGAGGUGGAAGCAAUUCCAGCCUCGAGUUGACCUUAGGUACGCUCUUAUACUCUGUGCUUAUCAUUUUGGACAUUGGAUGUCAUAUUUUCUGAAUUUAUACAAAGGACUGGAUGAAAUAUGCGAUCGGUUGGCAGUAUUCAGCGACACCCUUCAUCCUUACAUAACCUGACGUUACAUCAUUGCAAGAACUAAUUUAAUAAACUCUACGAGACGACGCCGGACAUAGAAGUAGUAAUAUUUUGCCCGUCAGCAAACGUUUAGUUAAAGGAGUAAAUGGCCUUAAAUGCAGUUUGUAAUGAGCGAUUGCAAAGUAGUGAACACCUGUUAGCAAAUAUUGUGGCAACUGUUGGAUUUUUGAUAGACGUUAAUAGUUUUAAACAGUCAGUUUUUUCCCUUUGGAGCGGAAUUAACCAUUUACAGUCUCGUGUGAAAUCUGCUCUUCGACAUGGGGCAAAAAUUCGUCAUCAUUUGAUUUUUGGACAAACUUCGUUUGCUGCAUUUGAUGUCUGGUUGGAAGGGAGAUUGCUGGACCAUAGCCUUGCAGAUGAGCUCGAAAGGACUUACAAGGACAUUUCCGAGUUUUACUAUGACUGGGCCUUCUUCCGAGACGACGCUCUCUUUUUUCACCUUAUUGACUGCCUACGCGUGUUGGGAUCAAGAGAUGUGAACAGAUUAUGCGAGCUUGAGUUAAUAUCUGCUGAAUUGGUUUUAUCGGCAAGAAGUAAUCAAAAAAUGGACCUGGAAGAACGCCCCAGUGAAGUUGAUGAAGAAGGGGCCGAGAAAGAAGAAUUCCUACCCAAGAUGGUUAACCCAGAGGUCAUUGUUACCUCUGAUCAAGUGCCUGUAGCGUCGAAUGAAGUUGAAACUGUAACUAUCACUGACACGGACGAAGCAUCGUCAAGCUCAAAUCUAAGCAUUCCUACAUUUUCAUACGCCUCCGUAUCUCCAGUAUGUUCCCCUCCAGAAUUUUCACACAUUUCUGGGCUAGAUUUCGAAAAUCGGAAAGACCCAGAAGAAGAAGAUGGGAAAGAAGAACCACAAGCUUCAUCUAGCUCAUCGUCAAAGAAAAGUGCCGUCCAUAAAAUCAUUCACGCUUCGCCAACUAAAAUCCAAUCUACAUUUCCAGACAUAGUUCCUGAAGACCGAAGAAGCUCCUUUUUAUCUCAAGAAAAAUCUCCCGAAGUUGCAAGAAAAGCACCACAGUCUUUCCUAGAAUCGGGUGGAUUUCUUCAACCCCCUGCGUUAGGCUGCUUCCCUUUACCUCGACCAGGACAAUCAUUAACUUCGUUUUUGUCAUCCUUAUCGUGCGACUCAAUGCCAGAGCUUGAUCGAGAAAAUGCCCACUUUAAUGUGUCAGAAGCAAUUAUAUCAGCAUUUGAACGACUUAAAGUUGAUCGCGUUGGUAAGAAAAAGCCGACUCGAAGAUCUCCCGACAUUCCUCCGGACGAAAUGGAAGAUGUGUUUGGAACGGUUAAACAAUCAAAAUCCCACGCACGACAUGGACCCCUUGUUGAACCGGAUGCUACCAGAAAAUUUUACAGUGGGAAGCGUUUUCCUCGUCCGCCAAUUCUUUAUACAGAAACUGAAGAAUCCGAAAUUGAAUUCUGGAGACAACAACCCAGAAGGCCACCUUCUCACUUGCGAAAAAAAUCACGGGCUGCAAAACUUGGAUCUGAUGGUCACAGUGCAAGCAUUGUGUCAACUACUGAAAUAUCCAGCUCCUCAUCAAGUUCAUUACAUUCCGACGACGACUUGGCAUCUUCCUCAUUCUCUGCUGAAAACGUUGCUCUGAAGUUUCUCCGAAAUGCAAAAAUGAAAGAUGAGCAAUUACCCCUUGCAUGCGAGUUGCAGUGGAUGGUGUCGGAAGCUGAAACGCCACAGGCUUUACUACCUUUGCCAAAGAAUUGGGCGAAUACCUCUGAAAGUGACAGUGAGUACGCUGGAAAAUCUGAUAGCUCCCACAACUCUGUGCGACUGAGAGGAACGACAGAUUGGGCACCCCCACGACCACAAAUAAUUUUUACGAUUCAUCCUUCCCCAAGUUCACAUAUCCUGACUGAAACACAAAGAUACCGAUGUGCCGGAUGUGGAAUGCGCGUGGAUCAGAAAUAUGCUUCAACAUUUCGUUAUUGCUUUUAUUUGGGGAGGUAUUUCUGCACUGGAUGUCACACUGGGAAGAAAGCAAGACUUCCGCAAUUAAUUUUGCACAAAUGGGACUUUAGCCCGUAUCUGGUUUCUAAUUUUAGCGGCUCGUUAUUGGAAAGCCUUUAUUCCGAUCCUGUUUACAAUGUCAUCGCGAUAAAUCCAAAUCUCACCAAGAAAGUGAAGCUCAAUAACUUUAGGAAUUAUCGAAUCCAACUCGGUUUAUUGAACGAAUAUUUAAAAAACUGCAAGACCGCCGAAUCGCUGUACAUUGAGUACCGAAAAUUCCCAACGUACUAUACCGUAGAUGUGGACUUGUGUUCAUUAGAAGAUCUGAUUAACGUUCGAUUUUCCACGGGAUCGCCUAUGAUUUUGAAAGAUUUCAUUUCACAAGCAACUCACCAUGUUCUUAAUUGCGAGCUAUGCCGUAAUCUCGGCUUCGUGUGCGAAAUAUGUUCAAGAAACGAUGUCAUCUUCCCUUUUCAAAUCAACCGUGUUUCCAGAUGUGCAAAAUGUUAUAGUUGUUAUCACCUUAAAUGUUUUAAUGCAAAUAUUUCGCCAGACUGCCCAAAAUGCCUACGCGUAAACAAAAGACGUGACACUUUAGAAAUUUCACCGGCAUCAAUAGCUGUUUGAUAAAAGUCACAACAAUAUGUACAUACUGCAAAAAAAGACGUAUUAGAAAGUACUUAUCUAAUUAAGCCGAACUAACCAAACAUACCAACCAACAAGGAACCAGAAAAUGUUAUCUUUUAUAGAGGUGGUUUACAUACAUAUGUUUCACAAGUUACCUGAAGAAACGAAUGAAAAAGUGAUAAAAGGAUUAAUCUGAGUAUUUACAACAUUCAUAUUUAGAUAAUUGUUGGGUAUUUGUAUUAUUUACGAUGAUUCGUAUUACAUAAAUUAAAAUUCCGUAGCAGA